ACCGUAGGAGCAAGACCGAACCCUCCUCAACUCAUUUUGGAAGAAAACAACAAGAAAGACCCACCAAAACCCGAGGAGAACGGCGCCAACAGUCUCACUAAGUCCCGAGUAGACAAUGAGUUACUUAUGAUAAAAGGUAUGACAGCUCAAGAAGCUGCAGAAGCUGCAGCAAGAGCAGUUGCAGAGGCAGAAUUUGCUAUCACAGAGGCCGAAGAAGCAGCAAAAGAGGCAGAAAGAGCAGAAGCUGAAGCUGAAGCUGCUCAGAUCUUUGCUAAGGCAGCCAUGAAAGCUUUGAAGUUCAGGAUCCGUAAUCAUACUUGGUGAAACAGAAAGAAACAACCAUCUCGGGGAAGUUCUCUAACAGAGCAAGCCAUAAAUAUAUAUACAUAGGGGUUUUAACGGUUUCUUAUUUCAGUGUUGGGAGAUAUCUCAUCACCUGCAGAGUUUAAAAGUUGUCAUACCUUUCUGCUCUUUUUUUUUGGUUAGUAGCAAUGUAAAUCCGCAGUUUGAUCACAUAUAUGUUCUUUUCUCCGAGUCUCUGAGAUUCUGUAAAACUGGUCUUUUAUUAUAUGUGGAUGAUCUGUUAAGUAACCUUGAAA